AUGGGCUCCUGCCAAAGUCAGGAGCAAAAAGAGCAAUCGCAACGAAAUCGCGAAAUCGAGCGCCAAUUAAAUCAAGAUAAACGCGCUGGAAGUAGUAUCGUUAAACUUUUACUCCUCGGCGCUGGAGAAUGUGGCAAAUCAACCGUGCUGAAACAGAUGCAGAUUUUACAUAGUAAUGGCUUCACGGAAGAAGAAAUUAAUGAAAAGAAAGCAAUUAUUUAUAAUAAUCUUGUAUCGUCCAUGUGUACAAUAUUAAAAGCUAUGGAUAAUGUACUCCAUAUACCGCUAGAUGAUCCGGAGAAAGAAGAGCUAAAAGCGCGGAUCCUAAAAGUUCAAGAAAUGGGUCAGGAAAAUGAUCUACCAACGGACGAUGUGGCAGCCGCAAUCCAACAACUGUGGGAUGAUCCGAAAGUGAAAAAGGCAUACGAGAUGCGAGCCGAGUACCAGCUCGUCGAUUCUGCCAAAUAUUUCUUGGACAAUUGCCAGAGGAUCGUGGAGCCUGGUUUCCGGCCGAACGAUCAGGACAUUCUUUUCUCUCGAGUGGCGACGACUGGUGUCGUUGAAGUGAAGUUCAAAAUCAAGGAUCUCGACUUCCGCGUAUUCGACGUCGGUGGUCAACGUUCCGAGCGCAGAAAGUGGAUUCACGCUUUUGACAACGUCGAAUCGAUCAUCUUCAUUACUGCCAUCUCCGAAUACGAUCAAGUGCUUUUCGAAGACGAGACCACGAAUCGUAUGAUCGAAUCGAUGCAACUCUUCAACUCCAUUUGUAAUUCGACAUGGUUCAUCAACACCGCCAUGAUUUUGUUCAUGAACAAGAAAGAUUUGUUCAUGGAAAAAAUUCAACGCGUCAACAUUACUACCGCUUUCCCGGAUUAUGAAGGAGGGCAAAAUUAUGAAGAAGCUGUGAAUUUCAUCAAACAAAAGUUCGCGGAGCUGAACUUGAAUCCCGAUAAGAAAACGAUCUACAUGCACGAGACCUGCGCUACUGAUACGAAUCAGGUGCAACUCGUCAUUUCGAGCGUCAUCGAUACUAUUAUUCAAAAGAAUCUACAGAAGGCCGGAAUGAUG